GCUGUCCCGGGGCCGUGGGCCGGAGCACGAUUGCAGUGGCGGAGGAGAGUAGGGGGUGUGCGGUGCGUCCCGUCUAUCCGCCCAUCGGGGCACGAUGCUACGGCGGCGCUGCGGUCGGCUGCUGGCCCAACUGGAGCGGGCACGGCAGCUGCUGGAGCUGGACGGCCGCCUGGAGGAAGACUUCAUCCGCGUUGUGCGCAGCUUUGAGGCGACACGCCAGCGGUGCUGCUGGCUGGAGAAGGACAGGCAGCGUGCCCAUGAGCAGCUGGCCCGUGCUGAGGCUGAGCGGGUGGCGCUGGAAGUGAAGCUGAAGCACGCCCGUAACCAGGUGGAGGUGGAGAUGAAGAAGCGGCACCGUGCAGAGGCUGAGCUGGAGAAACAGGAGCGCAGGCUGCAGCUGGUCCUUGAGUUGCUGAUGCAGGAGCCGUGGGGCAAUGAGGAGCAGUGCUCUGUUCUCAGUACCCUGGCUGGAUGGCGUCUGGGGACGGCCCUGGCAGCAGGCAGGAGGUCAUCUGCGGUGGAUGAGUCGUGCCAGUCCCUCCUGUCCCACUCAGAUAUCAGCUAUGACCGCACUGAGGAUGAUGUGGAUAUUGAUGUGAUGGUGGUGCGGGCUCUGAAGCGGAAGGCCCAGGAGAGACAGCGCCUGUCCCUGGCCCCUCAGGUUGGCCCUGUGGUUGUGGCGAAGCGGCACCGUUCUUCUGUGGCACCCUCCAGCACUGAGAGCAUCCCCCCUGCACCCCGUCCUGCUGAGGUCCUGGAGUCUGCCCGCAGCCCCCCGCCUCCUGUGCUGGUGCCACGCCGCUGCUCACGCCAGGGACACCGCAUCUCCACACAUGCAGGUCAUGAGCUGACCACAGUGUGGGGCACCAGCGACGAUCGGGGCGGCUGUGCGUCGGCACAGGAGAGCCAGGCUGAGGGUAGCUCUGUGGGGCAGCCGGCGCCGGGCCCCUCUCGCUCCCCUCCACCCGACCUCCCAUCCCCCCGGCACCACUUCUCCUCCAAAAUGGUCAUCCGCCCGGAGCCCUGCGGUGCCUGUAGUUCCCGCCUGUGCUUCGGGAGGGCUGCGCUCAGGUGCCGCCAGUGCCAGCUGCUGCUGCAUCCCAAGUGCCGGGAGCGCUGCCCCGGGCCGUGCACCGCCCGGCCUCGCCCACAGCCCCGGCCCCGCGAGGGUGUGCUGGCCGACUUUGCCCCCCCGACCGCCCCGCUGGUCCCCGCGCUGGUGGUGCAGUGCGUGACCGAGGUGGAGACGCGAGGCUUGGCCGAGGCUGGGCUGUACCGGGUGCCGGGCGCUGAGCCGCUGGUGCGGGAGUGGAAGCGGCGACUGCUUCACGGCGGGGAGACCCCGAGCGGCGUGGCCGACAUCCACGUGGUGUGCGGCGUGCUCAAGGACUUCCUGCGGAGCCUCAAGGAGCCGCUGGUCACUUUCGGUCUGCACCCGGCCUUCCUGCGGGCUGCCGACAUCCCCGACGAGACUGCCUGCGGCACGGCCCUGCGGCACGUGGUGGGCAAGCUGCCUGCCGCCAACAGGGACACACUGGCCUUCCUCAUGCUGCACCUGCUCAGGGUGUCACGCAGCCCUGACUGCAAGAUGGAUGUCCUCAAUCUGUCCCGUGUGUUCGGCCCCACGCUGGUGGGGCACAGCUCUGCCAACCCCACACCACUCACCAUCAUGGAGGACACACCGCGGCAGUGCAAGGUGGUGGCUCGACUCCUGGCACUGCCAUCUGACUUCUGGAAGGGCUUUGUGGGGACAGAAGAGAACCCGGUGCCAACGCCAGAUCCAAGCAACAAACACGGCAGAGGGCAGCCCCUGGGAAAGUGGGGCGGUUCUUCCCCUCUCCAGUGUAGCUGUAGCUCCCUAGGGAUGGAGUUGGCGCCAGAGUACCGAGAAGGAAGAGAAAGAGGAGGGCAGCGUGGGCCUGUGGUGCUCAGCUUCCCUGUAGCUUUGGGUGGUACGGGGAUGAUGCCACACACUGGGCUUGGUGGUUGGUUUGUAUUAAAUGUUUGCAGCAAAACUGGCCUGGGUGUGAGUGGCAUCUGCAGCAGGAGAGCUCCAGGGUGUGUGGACAGGAUUGGGCUGGGCUUGAGGGCUCAGUGGGCAAGAGCUGCACUGAAAGCACUGUGCACAGCAGUCCCCAGCAUCCUGUUUCUAUAGGGGCAAGGCAGCUGCCAUCACUCCUGGGCUGGGUGGGCAGGGAAGGAAAGGCAGGGCCCCCUGCAGCUCCUCUACUGAGGGGCCCCUUGUCAGCCCAGAUGCUGAUGGCCUCCAGUAAUCAGAGCUGCUGCUAAAGGCAGUACAGCCCCAAGACUUCCCACCUUCCUUUUAACUCGGGGCCCCUUUUAACUCCUUCCUUCCCUUCAGCAGAGCUGCAACAUGCAGCAGAGGUGCGCAAGGCUCUGCUUGCAGCAGA